CGAAGCACUGACGCUAUUGUUUGAGUUUCUGAUUCUUGCGGCCAAUGACUGAUCGACUCGCUCUCCAAUUCGCUCAUCGUUCUCUCUGCCUAGGGCAUUCCGCUUCGCUUCGCAUCUCAAUCCGCUCCAAGUUUCAGGUUCAGAUUGCGUUGCCUUUCUCUUUCUGUAGUGCGCACUCUCCUCUUUGCUCCGGCUCUAGUCUGGUUCUUCGAAGUAAACUCCGGGAGAUAUCUCCGAUCAACGCGUCGUUGAACAGCGGAAUGUCGAAUUCCAUGGUGAAUGAAGCAGAACCGAAGGAACUGCGAGAUGAGUCCGAUUUUGAAGCCAUCUUCUCCGGCGGUGAUUUCACUUCCGUUUGUGGCUUUGGUUCUCUGCUCUCUGAGAGGAGUGCGCGAAGUACCUUUCCUGAACUGAUCAAUUUUAGAGUGGCGAGAUUGAACGGCUUCAGACGCGUUUUCGGAAAUGUGGCUCCUAUAUUCUUUGAGCGUGGCAUUGCUAAACCUGAAACCAAGGAGAUCUCAAGCUUGUGUGCGGAGCCUUGCGAAGGAGAGACUAUCAUUGUGACGGUUUUCGAGAUUAAGAAGUCUGAGAUUCCAGCGUUUAUACAGAGAGAGAUUGAGUUUCGAUUUCUAGCUGUUCUACCUGAAACAUUAGAUGGAAAGCUAUAUGAUAAACCAGCGGUGCUUUGUUCUCGAUCAACCGAUGAGGAAUUUUUCCAAGUGAGAUGCAAAGGAAAUAAGGACAUUUUUCUUCAGCAUUAUGGUCGUCAUAAUAUUGACAAGAUCUGGAGAGAUGAUAUCUUACCUUGUCGCGUCUAUCUUCGACAUUGUAUUUUAGCUGCAAAAAACCUGGGUGAAACAGCUUAUAACAACUUUCUGGAUCACACUUUCCUUGGAGAUCGUAGUACAACCAUCCGUGAAUAUUUAGCCUCUAGUGGUUCAGGCAUUAUGGAAGAGGAGCCUCCAGAAUCCCUCAAGUUCCGAUAUGGCGGUUGAUAUUCCACAACAAAAUAACUGCAGAGGAGGCUUAUUGAUCCUUGGAAGCCUGGAGAGGUACAAUCUUAACAUAUUGUCUUUAUGUUGGGUUUGUAAGCAAUAAUUUAUAUCUUUUAGCCAUUGUUAAGAACUUUAAUGAAUCCAAACCAUCCAUGAACUUAGUAUUAAGCUAAAGAAGUUAUUUUUGCUA